AUGGAUUAUGCAAAAAAAGGUGAUCUGAGACAAUCUUUACAAAGGGAAGGAUUAAGCAGACCUGCCAAUUUCCAAUCCGAAAAAGGACAAAUUUAUGGCAUUAUUCCUUAUAUAGCUCCCGAAGUUUUACAAGGUCAACCUUAUACUAAAGCUUCAGAUAUUUACUCUUUUGGAAUGGUGGCUUAUGAACUAUUUGCUAAUGUUUACCCUUACUAUGAAUACACCAAUGACGACAUUUUGCCUUUAAGGAUCAUCAAUGAUGGAUUACGACCUAAUAUUGAGGAAGUCCUAAUACCCCAAUUAUUAAAAGACUUAAUUGAAAGCGAUAGUGAAACAGUUGAAUUUUUUAAUCAACUUGAAGACUUUGAAGAAGACUACGACUACUUUUUUUUAAACACCCCUUAUCGAAUUCAUCCUAAAGAAGUUACUACUAGCAAACUAAUAAAUACUAGGCAAAUCACUCAAUGCUUAGAAAAGUUAAAAACUAGUGAAGAAUACCACACUGGAUCUUUAGAAGAGUUAACUUUACUAAUAUCAUUAGAUAACUUUGUUCUAGAAGAACCAAAUACUCAAGAUUACCUAACUAGAAUCUCUCUUCGGGUUAAUAAAUCUACUGGUUCAAAUAAACAAUUUAAACGCAAACUAUCUCUUUCGGCAGAAAUUUCAUCUAGCAAAGAAAUUAAACUAGAAAAAGAAACUAAACAAAUAGAAACAGAGGAUAAUUGA